AUGGGAGGAAGUUGUAAGGAUCAGAAAAUAGCAUUAGCUAUAUGCUUGCAACGGUCACCAUGUGUUCUAAUACAAAGACAUACACCCAAGGAAUGUCUCACUGAUCCCGAUCUCAAGAAGGACUUACCCGAACUAUGUAAAGCUAAUUUCAGAGCAUUUAUGGACUGUAAACGAGGCGCUUUUGAUAUGAGGAAACGAAUGAAGGGUAAUGCUCCAUUAUCGACAGGUAAAUUUAAUGAACAAUAUGACAAAUUAUCAUCGGGUAAUUUCAACCCCGAGGAAGAGAUUAGAAAGUUGGAAGUAAUGAAUAGGAACUUGUCGAAACAACAGCAGUUACAAGAAGAGAAAGAAAAGGCCAGGUUAGAAGGUAGUUAA